AUGACCAAUACUGCUAAUUAUUACUGUUCUUCUUCUUUAGAUUAUCUAUCACCGCCUGAUAGUGAAUCAACCUUUCAAUUUCCUUUUAAACCAUACGAUAUUCAAAUUAGUUUUAUGAAGAACUUGUAUCAAGUUAUAGAAGAAGAAAAAUUGGGGAUUUUCGAAAGUCCAACUGGAACUGGAAAAUCAUUAAGUUUGAUAUGCGGGGCAUUAAAAUGGCUUAAAGAUAAUGAAAAUAGAUUUGAUAAAUUAACUGCUAGUGAAAAUGUUUGUAAUAAUGAAAACAAUGAUUCUAAAUUACCACAAUGGGUAUUGGAACAUCGUAAAAAACAAAACAUCAAAGAUGAGCUAUCAAGAAAACAACGAUUGAAUGAACGACUGAAAAAGAUCCGAGAAAAAGAAAAGCUUGAAAGAGAGAAAAGUCAAUCACAAAGAAGCCGUCAUGCUAGAAAACGAUUGAAACCAAUUAAAGGAUCAGAGGAUAAAAAUUAUAAAAAUUUGAAUGUUAAUAACACUAACAAAGAUAUUGGUGAUGAUGAUCCCGGAUUAAAUGUAUUUCUGGUUGAAGAUUAUGAUAGUGAUGAGGAUACUGAAAAUCAUAGUAACGAUAUUAAUGACAUUAAUGAUGGCAUUGUUACUGUCGUCGAAGAUAAUUUAUCUGAGGAUGUACGCGAACUUUUAAAAAGGUUUCAAGAAGGCAAAGAUGUUGAAAAUUCUGAAAAGGACAAUGAAAUUGAUGAUGAAAAUGUUCCUGAUGAAACAAAAAUUUAUUAUUGUUCAAGAACACAUUCUCAAUUAUCUCAAUUCAUCAAUGAACUUCGUAAAACCGAUUAUGUCUCUGAAUACAUUAAAUCUGUCUCAUUGGGUUCCCGAAAUUCUUUGUGUAUAAAUGAAAAUGUCAAGAGGUUUAAUAGCAUUACAAAAAUUAAUGAUAAAUGUAUGGAUUUGCAAAAAUCUGAUUUAAAAGCUGAGAAAAGAUGCCCCCAUCUUCCUUUUAAGGACAAAUCAGGGUUUUUAGAUUUCAGAGAUCAUGUUCUGGCAGAAGUGCGUGAUAUCGAAGAUUUAGCUCAUCUUGGCAAAAAAUUGAAUACUUGUCCUUACUAUGGCACAAGGAAAAGUAUUAGACAAUGUCAGAUUGUUACACUUCCUUAUAAUCUUAUAUUACAAAAAUCUUCAAGAGAAUCAAUGGGAAUCUCACUUGAAAAUAACAUUGUGAUUAUCGAUGAAGCUCAUAAUCUUAUAGAUACGAUAACUUCUAUUAACACUGUUCAAAUUGAUUUACCUCAAAUUAGAAGAAUGGGCUCACAAUUAUCGUCAUAUCUUGAUCGGUAUAAAAAUCGUCUUUUAGGAAAAAAUAUCACAUACAUUCAGCAAAUUUUAUCGAUGUUACAAGCUUUGGUAAAAUGUUUAAAAGCUUGGCAGAAAAAAUGUGAAAACUUUGAGGAAGAUAGUUAUGAAGGUCUAGAGGAGUUGAAUGGAUUUAUUGAAAAGGUUGAACAAUUAAAUAGCGAUAAUAAUGAUUCUUUUGUACAAGAUCAUGAGCAUUUAUCUACCAUUCCAUCAUUAAGCCAAGUUGAAGCAUUUCUUAUGUCAUUAACUAAUGGUAAUCAAGAUGGUCGUGUAAUACUUGGUUUCUUGCCACAACAAACAUCACAGGUUACAUCUUCAUCAUCAAAAUCAGAAUUAACAUUAUGUAAAGAUACAUCACCAAAGACAAAAAUAAAAUAUAUUCCUUAUAUAAAAUAUUUGCUGUUAAAUCCUUCAAAUCAAUUUAAGGAGAUUGUUCAAGAAGCUAGAAGUGUAAUUUUGGCAGGUGGUACCAUGGAGCCUGUAAAUGAGUUAAUCGAACAAUUAUUUCCAUAUUUACCUUCUGAAAAAAUAGUUAAAUUUUCAUGUGGUCAUAUCAUACCACAUGAAAAUUUAUUAACAUUAACAGUUUCUGAAGGUCCAAUGGGCGGAAUUUUUGAAUUUACAUAUGAACAUCGUCAAAAUGUAAAAAUGAUAGAUGAAUUGGGGCAAGUUAUUGUAAAUUAUUGUAAUAUUAUACCAGAUGGUGUAAUCUGUUUUUUUUCAUCAUAUUCGUAUUUAGAAAAAGUUUAUAAGAGGUUCGAAACUAAUGGUAUAUUAAAAAGAAUUGAAAAACGUAAAAAGGUUUUUCAAGAACCUCGUCAAGCUAAUUUGGUUGAAAAAACUUUAAAUGAUUACAAUCAUCAUAUUCACACCAAUUCUGAAUCACAUAGAGGAGCAUUAUUAUUAUGUGUUGUUAAUGGAAAGAUGAGUGUAAUAAUGGUUGGAUUACCUUUUGCAAAUCUUUCCUCUAAUGAUUUGAAUGAAAAAAUGAAAUUUAUAAGUCAAUCAAAGGAAAAUAAUAAUUCGAAACAACGUGGAAUGGAAUAUUAUUUGAAUUUAUCUAUUAGGCAUCAAAAUGACUAUGCGACGAUUAUAUUAUUAGAUCAUCGAUUCAACACAAAUUUUAGGAUAAGACAAAAAUUACCAAGUUGGAUUAAUAAAAGUGUUGUUGAAUGUAAAAAAUUUGGAUUGACUGUUGCUUCAUCUUCGAAUUUAAAACCAUGA